GAGGAGCAUCUUACUGUUCCGAAUCUAACUGUCCGGAGCGUCGGGCAUGCACCAGAGGCAGGGUCUGGUGAAAAGGGCGGAAACAUCUUGUUAGUUUCAUUUGUUACCAAUGUGCUGUAUCAAGUGAACGAAAUAUGUCGGUAGUCAAGCUUGUACUUUACUUACACUUCGUGUUGGUUGUUGUAUACUCGCAAGCGGCCGCACUACAAGGUGUGAAAUGUGAAUGCCCGUGCGACAGAAGCUUAAUCGGUUGUAAUGGAAGCUUUGCAUUGGAUUGCAAGUACAUGUGCGAUGGUUGGAAUGACUGCGGAGACUGGACUGAUGAACGAAAUUGUGUCUGCCCUCGUGGCUACUAUAAAUGCGACUGCAUUGCUACUGGGUGCCCGGGGUCCGAAAACGCAGCGCACAAGUCAGUGAGUGCAUGUUAUAACGAUGUUCAGAGAUGUGACGGAAGAAAGCAUUGUAUUGACUGGAGCGAUGAAAAAGGUUGUAAUUAUUCUUGCCCAUCAGAAAGCCAUCAUGAGUGUGAUUGCAAUAGAAAAGAUGGCGGAUGUGCACCUAGAAGUCAUUACAAACCACACUGUUUUCAUGAUGUGCAAAAAUGCGAUGGUUGGAAUAAUUGUGGGGAUUGGAGCGACGAAAGGAGAUGUACAAAACCUUGCCCGCGUAACUAUGUACGUUGUGGCUGUAUACUGAAUCGUAACAAUUGCCCUUCGGAUGGUGCAUGUAUAAACCGACGUUAUGUUCUUAAUGGCAAUCAAAACUGUAUUGAUAAUUCAGAUCAAGCUUGUGAAACAAACUAUUACUCAUGGCGGUGCAGGGAUAAAGAAGAAUAUGAACAGAUGUUGCAAAUUAACGCUUCUUUUCCAAACACCAAAUAUGGAUGCAGACCUGUAGCGUUCUAUGAUGUUGCUAAUGCCACACAAAGAACUGAAUGGUGGUGCCAACAAAAAUAUAGCAGUAAUAAGUUAAUACAAUGCAGAAAUGGAGAGUUAAUUCAUACAACGAAUCUUUGUUCAAAGUAUGUUCAGUGUACAGAUGGAAGCGACGAGUUGCAUGACGUUCCUGGGUUUAAAUGCGUACCAGAAGAUGAAGGAACUAUCACACACCACAACAAAGCAUAUUGCGUUCUACCUCAGAUUAACUUGUACAAUAACAAUUCCUAUUGCGCUGGCCGUGCAGAUAAUUGCUUUGUGGACGGAAAACUUAAAUGCUUUCAAUGCCUGGAUGGAAAGCUUAUCAUAUCGCCCAAGCAGGUUUGUGAUGGAGUUGUGGAUUGCUACGAUUUAUCCGACGAAUGUAUUUGCGAGAAUAAGAAAGUUUGUAAUGAGGUUUUAGGUAAUUCUAAAGGAGUAUGUAACCAAGGGACGCUUUUCUGUAAUGGAACUUGUAUGAAAGCCGAAUCAGUGCUUUGUAACCAGUCAAUAAACUGUGGGGAUAAUUAUCUCAAAUAUUGUACAAGUACACAAGCUGAAGAGUCCAGCCUUGAUAAGAUAUUGUGUAGAAAUCAUAUCCACAUGUUACACGCUGGUACUAGGUGUGAUGGAAUAGUGGACUGCCCUGCUGGGCGCGACUUAUAUUGCCGACAACUUUGCGGCCACAAUACCUCCAUAGGAUAUCCUCAUGUUUCUCCUAUGUGCCUAAACAAAGAAUGGGGUUGCAGUAGUGGAUAUGAUGAAAUAAAUUGCAGUAAUAGGUUCUACUGCUCUAAUGAUAGCAACAGCUUCAAGCAUAUUUCACCGAGUCAAAAAUGCGACGGGGUUGUACACUGUGACAACGGCAUAGACGAACUAGAAUCCCUCUGCGGUGCUACUCGAUUUUACUGCUUGAAUAAGGAACCACUAUCUGUAUCUUUGGAUCAGGUCGAAAACGGCAUACACGAUUGUACAGAUGGUAGCGAUGAAUGUCCAGCUAACAGCAACAGAACCAGCAUAUUUUCAUCACCCUUAGAAAUGAUAGGAAAUCCAUUUCUUCGAGCGUUGUUUUGGAUCAUGGGUUUGCUUGCCCUAUUUGGUAACUUGGCUGUGUUUUUGGUGACUAUUAAACAAAUGGUUAAACCAGUGAACUUGCCGGUUAAGCACGCUUGUCUUUGGUUUGUGGCGAAUCUUUCAUUAUCGGAUUUUUUAAUGAGCGUUUACCUUUUGGCCGUGUCGAUUAAAGGUCUUCAGUUUUCGAGCAGAUAUUGCUACCAUGACCAGGAAUGGAGGAGUAGUCAACUUUGUUCAAUACUUGGCGCACUAGUUGUUAUAUCAACGCAAGCAUCAGCCUUUAUAUUAACAGCCAUGACCACUUUCCGGUUAAUUUCAACGUUCAACCCUUUUCUUACACGGGCGGUUUCCAGGGCGUGGUAUAUUAUGCCGGUAUUGGUGUUUUGGUGCAUCGCUGUAAUACUGGGGAUGUUUCCACUAUUAGAAUUAAAUUCUGUGUAUUUUGUAACAGGGGUUUGGUUCCCGAACUAUUUCUUCGCCAAACAGAAAGUGGGCAAAGCCGAGAUGAAUGAAAUAGCGAAGACAAUAUCGCAACUCAAGUCACAAUAUAACUACCCUAUAAAUUGGCCAGAUACGAAACGCCUGGUUGCUGCUACAUUUCAAGAGCUUGAUAUUAAAGGCGAGUUUAAUUAUUAUGGCGAAACGAGCGUUUGUAUGCCUAAGCUGUUUGUAAAGGUUGGAGAAGAUACAUGGGAAUAUUCAACGUUUCUUAUAACUCUGAACUUCGCCUUGUUUCUGUACAUGGUGUUCAGUUAUAUAGCAAUAUACAGAAGAAGCAUAUCCAUGCAAAGCAAACGUAGCGGUAGUGGACAAAACAAAAAGAUGCAGAAAAAGAUCACUAGAUUAAUAGUGACUGACUUUUGUAGCUGGAUUCCUAUUUGUACAAUGGCUUACAUUAGCUUAGGUGGCGUCGAAAUGAACAACAUCGUUUACGUAAUUAGUGCUGCUGUUUUACUACCUAUAAACAGUGCAUUAAAUCCCAUUCUGUAUUCAAAUGUCGUGGAAAAUGUUAUCAAGAAGUUGUGCAAAAAACGUAAUAAAUAG